AGUUGGCCCUGGCCUGAACUCAUUGUGAUCCGGACCGACGACACGAGGUCCGCUUCGAACGGCAGAUGAGGGCCCCACCACCAAGUCGUCGCCUCGUCUCCUCGGCUCCCGCCACUCUCCUCCUCCUCUCCCGCCUCCUCCUCGCCGGUGCCAGCGACGGCGCGCCACCGCUCGUCGGCGUUUCUCCCCAAAGUGAACUGGGCACCUCCCUAUGCUCUCCCACCGCACCGUCGUUUUUCUCUCUUCCUCACCGAGUCGUUUCUGCAGAUGAGGCGUACUUCACGCCGCAGGUGAUCGCCUGCAGGGACGGCUCGGGCUACUUCCCGAGGAACCGGCUCAACGACGGGUACUGCGACUGCGCCGAUGGAACCGACGAGCCAGGUACUUCGGCUUGUCCAGAAGGCAAGUUUUACUGCAGAAAUAUUGGAGAUACCCCUCGUUUGUUGUUCUCUUCGUUUGUGAAUGAUAAAAUAUGUGAUUGUUGUGAUGGAAGUGACGAGUAUGAAAGUGGCAUCCAUUGUCAGAACACAUGUAGGAAUAGAAAGGAUAUUGCUGAGGCUGAUGAUGGUGGUCGAGAGCUGUCAGUAACACAUUUAGAUGUUGCUAAUGUGUUUACCAGUAAACAUACAAUCGAUAUAGAAGACCUUAUCCAGAAGCUAAGAGGAUUAAAAAUGGCUCUAGUCAUUGAGCUGGGCCUUGUUGUAUGUAUUUUUGCUUUCUGCUUUGCUCGUCGCCGCACUAGAACACACAGGAGACAGUAUGUUUUGAAACGUUAGCUGAGCAGUAGUUGCUUGCAAAGAAAUUGUGCUGUAUUCAGGUUAGCUGAGCAGUAGUUGCUUGCAAAGACUGUAGAUUGAUGCUCAUUUGCAAACAUUUAUGCUUCCGAGGAUGAUGGAGAAUCGGAGAUGGGAUGAAUUGGGAUCUGCUUUUCUCCUUAAACCGCCAGGUGCAUCUGCUGUUCUAAACUUUGAUGGCGAGGACAACUGACUAUGUAUGUGGAGUAUAAACAGAAGGCAACGCGGUGGUGUACUAAACAGGUGUAUGUAAUGCGUUGCCCCAUCCAACUCGUCAGACAAAGAGUUGCUAUUCGAUCAGAACGGUGGUGCAUUGCUUACUGGUAACCGUACAUGUAAUGGUGUCAUUCCAUCAUGCAUAGAGUUGCUAGUCGAUCAGGACGAUGGACUGGACUCGCUGUGCACUACUUGACGUCUGGCUGAACCUGAAACUUGUGUUUGUGCAAUUCCAGAUCUCCUACUGCGAAUUUGAUACAUGUAACUGAAGCUAAAUUGGAAGCAUUGGCUGCACGAGAUGUGUUACAUGAAUACAUGCCUAUGUUGAACUGA